GCACGAUUUCUUUCAAAAUUCGCGCUUCGAUUUUAUUAUAUUUCUUCAGAUUCCUUUUACUGAUAUUUACAAACGUCUUUGUAUAAUGAACAAACGAGAUAUUAUUAUAUGUGGUGGAAGCGCUCUAGCAGCGUCAACGAUAUCUUUGCUGUUGUACAGGUAUUUUAGCCAAAGGUCGAAGAACUGCUAUGAAACAGCGAAACUCGUUAACGAAUACUUGAUGUUUCACUAUGGUAAGCCGAAAGAGGUGCUAUCAUACAGUUAUGGUCCAAUAGAUGCUUUAGAUUUCCCUCUACGUUGUGCAGAUGUUUGUAUUCGAUAUGCUGAGACUAACGCCCCAAGUAAUGCGCUUGAUGUUGGUUGUGCAGUGGGUAGAUCAACAUUUGAGCUGGCAAAAACAUUCAAGAGUGUGGUGGGCAUUGACUUUUCCCAAGCAUUCAUCGAAACAUGUGUCAAGCUGAAGACUUAUGGUAAACUGCACUAUCAAGUUACCACAGAAGGCUCUCUGUACUCUGAGCAUGAUGCUAUUGUUGAUGAAAAAAUUGAUCGAAGCAGAGUUUCUUUCCAAUGGGGUGAUGCCUGCAACCUUCCAGCAGAUCUUGGACAGUUUGGUUGURUUCUUGCRGCAAACUUAAUUUGCAGGUUACCAAAUCCAUACAARUUUCUUGAUCGGCUUCCAUCCCUUGUUGCUCCWGGUGGUAUAGUUGUCCUGACAUGCCCCUUCACAUGGAUGGAAGAAUUUACACCAAAGUCCCUUUGGUUAGGUGGAUAUAAAGAUGCUGAUGGAAACAAUAUCUCUAGCUUUGACRCGCUUCAAAAGUAUAUGAAACCUAAUUUUGAGCUUUUGGAAGUUAAAGAUAUGCAAUUUUUCAUUCGAGAAACAGCCAGGAAAAAUCAAUGGAGUGUGGCAUUGAUGUCAGUCUGGAAAAGGCGAAAAUUAAUGUAAAAUAUAUAGGGUAAUUGUAAUGAUGUUAUAAGCACAAUCUGGAAACAAUGUCACGCCAAUUCCACAAUUGUUGAUCAUGGGAAUAAAUUAUUUAUAACUAACUUUAUGAAUUCCACUGCCCUAACAAUUAGGCCAGAAUGAUUGGAUUGUAGCAUUCAUAAAGCUGUUGUUACGUGUUUGCACACAGCAUGGUAUAUUURUAAGCUUUGGAAACUAUAUCCAAUGCACAAAACUGUACAAAGUAUACAAUAUGUACUUUGAAUAAAGGUUAAGAGAGGACACUGCAACUUAUUUUGU